UUUUCCAGGAAGUGUGGGCUGCAACGAUUGUGCGCUCUUAACUAAUCCUGAGUAAGGUGGCCACUUUGACAGUCUUCUCAUGCUGCCUCUGCCACCUUCUCUGCCAGAAGAUACCAUUUCAACUUUAACACAGCAUGAUCGAAACAUACAACCAACCUUCUCCCCGAUCUGCAGCCACUGGACUGCCCAUCAGCAUGAAAAUUUUUAUGUAUUUACUUACUGUUUUUCUUAUCACCCAGAUGAUUGGGUCAGCACUUUUUGCUGUGUAUCUUCAUAGAAGGUUGGACAAGAUAGAAGAUGAAAGGAAUCUUCAUGAAGAUUUUGUAUUCAUGAAAACGAUACAGAGAUGCAACACAGGAGAAAGAUCCUUAUCCUUACUGAACUGCGAGGAGAUUAAAAGCCAGUUUGAAGGCUUUGUGAAGGAUAUAAUGUUAAACAAAGAGGAGACGAAGAAAGAAAACAGCUUUGAAAUGCAAAAAGGUGAUCAGAAUCCUCAAAUUGCGGCACAUGUCAUAAGUGAGGCCAGCAGUAAAACAACAUCUGUGUUACAGUGGGCUGAAAAAGGAUACUACACCAUGAGCAACAACUUGGUAACCCUGGAAAAUGGGAAACAGCUGACCGUUAAAAGACAAGGACUCUAUUAUAUCUAUGCCCAAGUCACCUUCUGUUCCAAUCGGGAAGCUUCGAGUCAAGCUCCAUUUAUAGCCAGCCUCUGCCUAAAGUCCCCCGGUAGAUUCGAGAGAAUCUUACUCAGAGCUGCAAAUACCCACAGUUCCGCCAAACCUUGCGGGCAACAAUCCAUUCACUUGGGAGGAGUAUUUGAAUUGCAACCAGGUGCUUCGGUGUUUGUCAAUGUGACUGAUCCAAGCCAAGUGAGCCAUGGCACUGGCUUCACGUCCUUUGGCUUACUCAAACUCUGAACAGUGUCACCUUGCAGGCUGUGGUGGAGCUGACGCUGGGAGUCUUCAUAAUACAGCACAGCAGUUAAGCCCACCCCCUGUUAACUGCCUAUUUAUAACCCUAGGAUCCUCCUUAUGGAGAACUAUUUAUUAUACACUCCAAGGCAUGUAGAACUGUAAUAAGUGAAUUACAGGUCACAUGAAACCAAAACGGGCCCUGCUCCAUAAGAGCUUAUAUAUCUGAAGCAGCAACCCCACUGAUGCAGACAUCCAGAGAGUCCUAUGAAAAGACAAGGCCAUUAUGCACAGGUUGAAUUCUGAGUAAACAGCAGAUAACUUGCCAA